UACUGUCAAUGUCACUCUUACUGUCAGUCUGUCAAUGUUGAUCACUGUGCAUUUUAAAAUGCCGGUUAUUUAUUAUUUUUUGUUUACUGAUUCAUAAACUUUUCGUAGAUACCUAGUUUUCGGUAUUAUCUUGAUGGUGUACCUAGAUAUAUUUAAUUUUAUAGUAUUACUUGGGCUUCAGAACCCGAAUUCUCAAGGAAUAUUUUUUACUCUCUUUGAAAUGGUGGUUAUAAUUUGACGAAACAAUCAUUUACAAAAUGUUUACUACUAUAUUUAUGCUACUGUAUUUUUUGAAUUUGGAAAGUGUUUCUUCUGACGAUAAAACUGGUUUUAUUGUAUACUGUCCUUGUAUGGGAAGAUUUGGUAAUCAGGCAGAUCACUUUUUGGGAGCAUUUGCAUUCAGUAAGGCUAUCAACCGAACCUUGGUUUUGCCUCCAUGGGUGGAAUACAGAUUUGGUGAACCAAGGUCCAUUCAAGUACCAUUUGAUACUUAUUUCAAAGUAGAAAACUUAGAAAAAUAUCACAAUGUGAUAACAAUGGAGGACUUCAUGAAAGAAUUGGCUCCUACUAUUUGGCCAAAAUCAAAACGGAUCUCUUUUUGUUACACACAAAGAAUGGGUGAACUAGAAAACAGUUGUAACGCAAAGUCUGGUAACCCAUUUGGGCCUUUCUGGGAUAAUUUUAAUAUUGAGUUUGUGAACUCUGAAUUUUAUGGACCUUUAAAUUAUGAUGCUCAUAACAAAAUAAUGAUAAACAAAUGGAAAGAUAAAUAUCCUUCUACAACAUGGCCCGUUUUGGCUUUCACUGGCGCACCUGCCAGUUUUCCAGUACAAAAAGAAAAUGUUCAUUUACAAAAAUAUCUUACAUGGAGUGAUGAUAUAGCCAACAAGACCAGAAUAUUUAUAAAGAAGAAUAUGAGUGGUGGUGCAUUUUUGGGCAUACAUUUAAGGAAUGGACAGGAUUGGGUGAAAGCUUGUCAGCAUGUCCAAGAUAGUACUAUGCUGUUUGCUGCACCACAAUGUGUUGGUUAUAAAAAUGAAAGAGGUCCACUUACUUUAUCUAUGUGCCUUCCCCAACCGUCUGAAAUUAUCAAGCAAGUAAAGAGAGCACUCAAGAAACUGGAUAAUGUAAAGUACAUCUUUGUGGCAUCGGAUUCCAAUCAUAUGAUAAAUGAUUUGAACAGAGCAAUACAACAUUCUGAAGUUACAGCUAUUAAACUACAGCCAUCAAAUCCACAUCUAGACCUAGCAAUUCUUGGGCAGGCGAAUUACUUUAUUGGCAAUUGUGUGUCAUCCUACUCGGCUUUUGUAAAAAGGGAAAGAGAUGCAAGAGGUUUACCAUCCGAAUUUUGGGCAUUUCCACAUAGAAAGAAAAGUAAACAUGAAGAAUUGUGACAUAAAAUCGCAUAAUUUGCAAAUCAGGUACUAAACAUAAAUCAGCUCAGAGCGCGAUCGCACGACAGUGAGUUGCUUGUAUCACAGAACUUGUAAUGUCUAGUUAAGUAUUAAGUACUAUGUAAGAAAGCAUUAAAUAAUAAACUAAAAAUCAAUCUAA